AUGACGAGAAGUGGGAAAUAUCUCGACAUCCGGAAUCAGGCCCUCGGCAGCCAGGAGAUCUUCGCUCGGAAACCAAAUCAAUCGCCUCCUCCUCCUCCUCCUCCUCCAGUCCUCCUCCGGGGGAAAAAAAGAAAAAAAGAAAAGAAGUUAAAGGCUGUAUUAUUCGAGAUAUCAACCUUCUAUCUACAUCUCGACUUUCAAGCUUACUAUUCUCCUUCNGAGCUCGUCCGCAAGGUCGGCGUCUCGGAGGGCCGCGUCUCCAUGCGCAGGACUGUCAAGAGCGCCCCCGGGAGCAUCUGGUACGGCCCCGACCGUCCCAAGUACCUGGGCCCCUUCUCGGAGCAGACGCCGUCGUACCUGACCGGGGAGUUCCCGGGCGACUACGGGUGGGACACGGCGGGGCUGUCGGCGGACCCGGAGACGUUCGCGAAGAACCGGGAGCUGGAGGUGAUCCACUGCCGGUGGGCGAUGCUGGGGGCGCUGGGGUGCGUGUUCCCGGAGAUCCUGGCGAGGAACGGGGUGAAGUUCGGGGAGGCGGUGUGGUUCAAGGCCGGGGCGCAGAUAUUCUCGGAGGGGGGCCUGGACUACCUGGGCAACCCCAACCUCAUCCACGCGCAGAGCAUCCUCGCCAUCUGGGCCUGCCAGGUCGUCCUCAUGGGCUUCGUCGAGGGCUACCGCGUCGGCGGCGAGGGCCUCGACCCCAUCUACCCGGGGGGCGCCUUCGACCCCCUCGGCCUCGCCGACGACCCCGACGCCUUCGCCGAGCUCAAGGUCAAGGAGAUCAAGAACGGCCGCCUCGCCAUGUUCUCCAUGUUCGGAUUCUUCGUCCAGGCCAUCGUCACCGGCAAGGGCCCCAUCGAGAACCUCUUCGACCACCUCGCCGACCCCACCGCCAACAACGCCUGGGCCUACGCCACCAACUUCGUCCCGGGCAAGUGAAACAACUCCACAAGUCUAUUUUGCAGCAGCUGCUGCUGCAAA